AUGGGAGGGUUUUUGAUCAGGGCCGGGUGUGAGUGGAGACGAGUGAGCGAGGGUCCUUCUUUAUCCGGGGGGACCAUUUACAUCACCGGUAGACCUAUACGAACGGAAGAAGAGCGAGCGGAACGGAAGAGAAGAAAGAAGGGAGCUGAAGAUAGGGAAGAAGACCGACUCCAGGUGGUAGAGGAUGAUUAUGACGCAGGCAUGUGGGUGGAGAAGAGUAUCGAUGGGACUGAGGCUAUCUCAAAUAUACCCACUGCCGAAUCUUUGCUCCUGACAUCUCAUCAAGCCAGUACGAAAGAUCCCCUACAUCCUGUGGUCGCUAGUUCUUCCGAGAGGGAAAGUUGGAUGCUCGAGCCCACUAACACAGCUCCUCCAAUACCCGACACGGGAAUAGCUCGAGAUACCCCUCAUAGCGCAUCUAAUGGGUUAACAGAUGGAUACGGAGAAGAGACUAGUAACGACCGGACAUUUUCCAAUGACGUCGACUUCUUCUCUGAUCUAGGCAAAGUUCAUGAACGAAAGAAUCCAAAAGAGGCUGAAGCCGAGGCGAGCCGUACCAGAGCAGAGAGAUACGAACUCAACACUCAGCUUAAAGAGGGUAAGAAUGUAGACGAGUAUGAAGAGAAGGGUCCGAAGAAGGUUCAGCCCGGAGGACCAGGAUAUCAAUGGAGGAUGAUGAAGCUGAAGAAAUUAUAUGAGCAAGCAACAGAGCAAAGCCGGGAUGUGGAAGAUGUCGCGAUGGAACGAUAUGGCUCAUUGGACGAAUUCCAUGAAGCCGUGGAAGAACGAAGAAUCAUCGAUGAACGUGAACAACGACGUCAGUCUCGUCGGGGAGGAGGUAGUGAAGGAUUCGGAACUCCAAGUACAACAGGUGUUCGUACACCUGAUGCAGGUGGUAGACGAUUCAUGUUCACUUCUGAAGAUACUUUCGGGUCUCGACCAAGUUCGAGAGCUGGGUUCAGACGUCCGGGAGAAGCUGGACAAGAAUUCAAAACUCCAGGAGGAGUCGGACGGGUGGAUGCUAUAAGACGUACAGAAAGUACAUUCACUCCUGCCAAAGUGACCACUCCCAUUCCGAGCGUUUUCACUCCUCAAAAUUUGACAGACCCCAAAACUAAUUUCCCCUUCCCAGAUACCAAAGAUCCAACGUCAUCUGAACCUCCUUUAUCCAUCGAGCAAUUGAAUCGUCUACAAGCAAAGGUUCUUCGGGCCAAAUUGUCUGACGAUCCUAAAGCUGUAGAGCUAGAAGAAGAGUAUGAUAAGGAGCGGAGACGGUUCGAGAGAGGUGGUGGCGAUCAAGGUGGGGAGGGAAUGUGGACUGGAUCGAGUAAUGGAAUUCAGGGACAGAUGGGUCGGGUGGAUGAGAAUGGGACGAGGACGGAAGUUCAGGUGUUACCUACCCUGGAUGGUCGAGGAAGGUUGUAUGAUGUUGGUAUGGGCAAGGAAGAUGACGAAAAUGUUCGACCUGGUAAUAGGCGAAAGAAGCCGGAAAGAUUCGAAACCAGAGAUAAAGAAGGUAAUCUGUUAAGGUACAACGCGGACGAUGAUGAACUUUCUCUUGGAGAAUUAGUCCGACAAGAAAAGUUUGGUGCAGGUUCAAGGGAACAAAAAGAGUUUGACGCUCAGAUGGCUAUGAACAUUGCGCGAGAUGCCAAGUUUGAGAAUGAUUUGGAUUAUAUGGACGACAAUGCGGACAGGUUAGCGAGAAGAAAGAUGAAGUCUGAUGCUAUGAAACGACAGUUUGCUAUAAACGAUUACGCCCGUACUAAAAAAGCCUUGGACGAAUGUCCAUUUUGUUAUCAAGAAGAUCGUCAACCAUUAACAGCUGUCGUCGCACUUGGAACAAGAACGUAUUUAUGUUGCACGAUGACUGAAGAGUUAGUGGAAGGACAUUGUUUGAUAGUACCUCUACAACAUCAUCUUAGUAGUUUGGAAAUGGAUGAUGAUGAAUGGGAGGAAGUACGAAACUUUAUGAAAUGUCUGAUGCGUAUGCACGCAAAAGAAAAUAAAGGUGUAUUGUUCUACGAAACGAUAUUAAGUUUUCGACAACAGAGACAUACGUUUAUAGAAGCUGUACCAUUACCCUAUGAUCAAUUCCAAGAUGCUCCUGCUUAUUUCCGAGAAAGUAUACUCGCUUCUGAAUCCGAAUGGUCUCAACAUAAAAAACUCAUCGAUUUCUCUUCUCGUCCAGGAGGUUUCAGACGUUGUUUGGUAUCCAACAUACCGUACUUCAUGGUACAUUGGGAUUACAAAGGUGAAAAAGGUUAUGGACAUGUUAUUGAAGGUACGGAGGAAGGAGGUGUCGAAGAUGGUAUACCUGCUAAUGAAGGGGAUAGAGGUGGUACUAGUUUUCCACCUAUGAACGAAGAGGACGUUUAUUUCGCAAGUGAGAUCAUAGGAAAUUUACUAGAGUUGGAACCUCGUAAAUGGCGUAAUCCACGGAAAAUCGAUUUCGUAUUGAACAAACAACGUGCGAAAGAAUUAGGAACUUGGUUUCAACCAUAUAAUUGGACGACUCAACUUGAACAAACCACAUGA